AUGUUGGAAGAGAAGAAUCACGAUGAAGAAUAUGGCGAUGCCUUAUACGGGGAAUUUUUGGAUCAACCUAAAAAGUUAGAAGAGUUGACACAUAAAUUCUCAAAGGCAUUGGAUUGGGUAUGGGAAUCUCCAAAAUGGAAAUUGUAUAGAUCUAAUAAACUCCUGAUAAACGAGGGGUCGUUUGUAUGUGAAAUACUUUCACCAUUAUUAAAUAUUGCCAUGCCGGUAAAUGCUGAGAUAUGGGACGUAUGGGGCGAUGAGGCAAGUACAGCCAGCGCUGAGAGAAAGAACUCGAAAAAAAAGGCACGGCGCACAGACUUUACAGUAGUUUUAACACUGAAGGGAAGUAGAAUUGAAACUGGGUAUCUUGAGACCGGCAGACCAAAUUCUCUACAGGACAAGCAAGAACAUGAUCAUAGAAAACUGAAUAGGUUGGCAAAAGAUUCUAUUGAUUCUAUAAGAAGAUUACCUAAAACUAGAAGAGCGUUCAGAAGUAAUACGUUGGACGUUCGAUGUAUAUAUAAAAAGUCUGAGAUUUAUAGGAGUUGUCUACUUGAACGAGCAAAGAUCCUAUGGAGUAUCACAACUUCAGAAGGCGCUUCGGAAGAUAUAUACUCUUUGGUCCAUGCACUUUUGACAUUUAGGACCGCAAUUGCAUGCUGUGCACGUUCGCCGUCAAAGAACCAGAAAG